AGGUUCCGAUGGAGGUGGAGACGACCCAUGAAAGUAACAGUGCCUUCUCCACCUUCUGAUUCCGAUCGAAGCUCGUUCGCUCAGUCUCACUCUCCUUGCUCUGGAGAACGGUGCUGAACGCGAUUUCUAUAAGUGUCCUUCGGUGUCGUCGUCCAGAUACAAGGUCGCGGGUGCACCGGAAACGUGGCCGGUGAAUCGAGAACUCGUGUCUAUGCAAGCAUAGUGCGCGAUGUGCUCGACCUGAAGGGGAUUACGACAGAAACAAUUACGACAACAGGCUGGAUCGUGGAACGAUAAAAAUGGGCUGGGGUACUCGAACCACCUCGAUGCUUCUCUGCCUCUGCAUUAUUCUACUCGCGAUCGUUCACAACGCUAACGCGGAACGUAAGGUCGUGUGUUACUACACCAAUUGGUCGAUCUAUCGGCCAGGAACGGCCAAGUUCUCACCGCAGAACAUCAAUCCGUAUCUCUGCACCCAUUUGAUAUACGCUUUCGGUGGAUUCACCAAGGACAACGCUUUGAAACCAUUCGACAAGUACCAGGACAUCGAGAAAGGUGGUUACGCCAAGUUUACCGGUCUGAAAACGUACAAUAAAAACUUGAAGACCCUGCUGGCCAUCGGUGGUUGGAACGAAGGUUCCAGCAGGUUCUCACCGAUGGUCGCCUCAGCCGACAGAAGACGGGAAUUAGUGAAGAACACCAUCAAGUUUCUUCGGAAGAAUCAUUUCGACGGCCUUGACCUCGACUGGGAGUAUCCAGCUUUCAGGGACGGUGGGAAACCGCGAGACAAAGAGAACUAUGCCACUUUGGUUCAGGAACUUAGAGAGGAGUUUGAAAGGGAAUCAUCGAAGACCGGAAGACCGCGACUUCUGCUGACGAUGGCGAUGCCAGCCGGUAUCGAGUACAUCGACAAAGGCUACGAUGUUCCCCGAUUAAACGAGUAUCUGGAUUUCAUCAAUCUCCUCUCGUACGAUUACCACUCGUCUUACGAGCCGGCUGUUAAUCAUCAUUCCCCUUUGUAUCCUUUGGAGGAGGACAACGAGUAUAAUUACGACACCGAAUUAACCAUUGAUUACACGGUUAAUUAUCUUCUGAAUAAAGGUGCCUCUCCCGAGAAGAUCAUUCUAGGUAUACCAACUUACGGACGAUCUUACACGCUGUUCAAUCAGGAUGCUACCGAAUUGGGAUCACCAGCGGACGGGCCAGGAGUGAAAGGUGAUUCGACCAGGGAAAAAGGAUAUCUCGCUUAUUUCGAGAUCUGCGAGAGUCAGGCGCAGUCGGACGAAUGGGAGGUGGUGCAACCGAAUCCGAAGGCAAUGGGUCCUUACGCGUUCAAGGGGGACCAGUGGAUAGGCUACGACGACGAGAGCAUGGUCAAGCUGAAAGCCAAGUACGCGAACGAGAAAAACCUGGGCGGAAUAAUGUUCUGGACGAUCGACAACGACGAUUUCCGUGGAAAGUGUCACGGCCGUCCGUAUCCUUUGAUCGAAGCUGCGAAAGAGGCUCUUUUGACCGACAGCACAAAUGUGAAUCAAAAGUCCCAGAACGUGGACAGGAAGAGGACACGAACGGAAGGAGUUCAGAGCAACAGUAUAGGAAAGAAAUCGUCGGGUGCGAGGAGAAGCACCACGACUGCAGCACCCGCCGUCAAGAAGCGAGUUUCUCCUUCCAGGCCGAAGUAUAGAACCCUUUCGCGAAAUAAAAGCCAGCACGAGGAGGAAGAGGAUCAAGAGGUCGAUCGACGCUCGUACGAUCACUCUUCCGAGGAGGAGGAGGACAACUCUGAGAGUAAAAGUAGGCACAAGAAUCGAUCGAAUCCGAAUAGAAAUCGUAGGAAGCAAACGCGUCGCAAGGAAGAUAGCAAAACUGAUUCCUCGGAAGAAUCUCUGAGUAACAAGCUGACUACCCCGGAACCUCCAACGACGCCCGAUCCGGGAACAGAUUUCAAGUGCGAGGACGAAGGAUUCUUCCCGCAUCCUCGGGAUUGUAAGAAAUAUUUCUGGUGCCUGGAGAGCGGUCCAGGAGGCCUCGGCGUGGUUGCUCAUCAGUUCACCUGUCCAUCGGGCCUGGUGUUCAACAAGGCCGCCGAUUCCUGCGAUUAUCCGCGGAACGUGAUAUGCCCGAAGUCGAAACCGUCGACGUCGAGCGCGUCGACUACCAGGGCGCCGAUAACCGCCGCCACCAGUCGCACCACCUACCUCUACAGCACCACCCGUCGACCGUCCACCGAAAAACCGGACGCCGAUGAGGAAUACGAGUAUUACGACGAGGAAGACGAAGAUGAAGUGGAGGAAGAGGAGAAAGAACGCAAAGUUUCGACCACAACUCCGAAACCGCUUCUGUAUAAAACGAUUAAUAGAAGCAGAUCGACUACUACCUCGACGACUACCACGACGACGGAAACACCUUCGAAAUCGGAGAGAAACCAUCAACCGGAUAAACUAAUCGAUUUCGAGGACGAGGAAGAUCCUAAGGUCAUCAAGGAGCUGAUAAAGCUGAUUAAGAAAGCGGGUGGGAUAGAGCAGCUCGAGAAGCAAUUAUUGUUUCAAGAGAAAAGCGCUAACGAGACGGUGAACUCCGGUAACGAUAACGCGACUCCGGCGACUAUUAGUCGAACAUUGUACGAACGGGUGUUGAGUCGUCAAGCUGGCAAAAUCGGUAACAGACAACUGUCAUCGGCGAACGGUCCCGGUGGAGCGCAGUUCGACGGUCUCGACGAGGUUCCCGAAGUGAAGAGUCUCAGACGAUCGCACAAGCCUCAAUACGUCACCAUCGAGAGAUCCAAACCGUCCAGCCGACCACCGACCGAAGGGGAGGAUAUGGAAAAGGAAGAUUCAGAGGACGACACCGCGGACGUGGCUUCCUCCGAGGAACAAACGGUCAGCAAUCCGUUCCUCGCGAGUUCCACGCAAAGAGCAACGCCGAAUUACAUUAACAUCAGGCGGGCUCGACCUUCGACGACAACCUCGAGAAAUGAGAACGAUGUCGAGGAGAGGAACAGAGACGCGGAAGAAGGCUCGACCGUUCGUCAACGACGUCCAAAUUUAUCUUCCAAGACCAAGAAUAACGAUUUCACCGAAGAUGGCAAGGAACAGGAGUCUGGUUCAUCCAGCAGCGAAGAAAGCUCGCCAACGACUAAAUCCAGGUACGUGAGCGUUCAAAGGUUCAGAAGCACGACUCCACAGCCGACGGAAGUAGUCCCGGAUAUUGCGGCCACCAGCCAAGAACCGGUCACGGAACCGAUCGUCUCCAGUGAAUCGUCGAAGAUCGAGGAAAAAGCUGAUACGAUAUCAACGACGACACCUUUGUCCGUUCGAUCGAUCGUUUCUUCGACGCGAACCGUGGUCACCGUCGAGGCGGAAACGGAGGAGCCGAUCUCAAACGCGACAAGUUCGAGCAGCACCGAAUCGGUGAAACUCGUCGACGAUUCCGCGACGGAAAUCCUUUUAACCACCGCACCGGCGAGCUCGUCCACGUUUUCCUCAGCGAGCACGCGAGCCAGCGGCGCGACCGUGUCACAGCCGAGGCCAUUCGGCUUCAAUCAAAGAAACAGAGCGUCGACAGCGUCGACCGAGCCGACGAGCAGCAGCCCGUUGCCAGCGGCCAACGAACAAACCAGGUCCAAGGUGAGUAUAUCGUCGCGAAACAACGCGCGAUCGUCCUUUUUGCCAGGACGGGGUCGAUUAAGGCCGAGGCAGGAGCAGGAAACUCGAAACGACCCCGAACAACCGGAAAGCAGCACUCGUGCUUCCGGCAGAACGAGAAGUAGAGGCGUCAGCAGAUACACACCGCCCGCUCACAGAUCCAGAAACGAGGAAUCGAACAAUCUGGUUGUCAGAGAACGCGCUCGAACCACCGAAUCAACUUCCACUACCAUCUCCGCUACAGACACUUCCAGAAGGAAAUUCCGUAGACCGACUUCCAGAACCACCACCGCCGAAUCGGUGAAAACUAACGAACUCGAGGACAGUCCGAUCGUUAGAAUCGGUCAAGGCUCCGCGAGAAGAAACUCGCCUUCGAGAUCGAGAAGCGUGAUCAAGGAGGACGAUAAUGACGAUAGGAUUACAAACAUCAAGGUGUUUAGAAAACCGAGCGCGGUAAACAGAGACGCGAGGACCAGGUACACCAGGAAGAGGAACAACGCGGAAGAAUCAACGACGCCGUCUACGACCGUUUCCACGACUUCGACGACGAUUUCAACGUCGAUUCUUACGACCGUCCAAGAUACUUUAACGGAUACCACGACGGUAUCUUACGCGGACUCUGUGGACGAGCUCGACGCUUCGAUUACCACCACCGCGAUUGAUUCUGGAAUCGAAACGACUACCGAGUCGAUAGUGGAGAACGAGGUGGUCACAGUGACUCUGGAUAAUCGAUCGAACUCUACCGAACCUACCACCGUAGAUAGUAUCCAAGAUUUCGAUGCGAACGUGAUUAAAAUCGUGUUCCCAGCGAACAACGACAAACCAGAGAACGCGAAUGCGACGAAUACGAAAAGAAGGAAGGUUCUGUUGAGAAAACGACCGGUUGCGUCCAGCACGAUCGCGUCGCAACAGGAAGAAUCGGAGGAUGAGGAUGAAAACAAGCUGGUUCAUUAUCGCAGAAGGAAAGUGAUCAAACGUGUACGUCCGAUUCAAAUCGUCCCCGCGACGGAGGAUGAUGAAAUUUUACUGAGAUUCGAAUCCACGUCGAACCCGCGGAUCCUAGAGGAUAUCUCGACCGAAGGUCCAGCCGUAUCGACUACGGAUUACGAUGUCCUCGAUGAUUCGACGAGGCUCACCUUGGAAACGCCAUCAGCGGAGACUGAAGUAACCGAGGAUUUCAGCGAUGCUCUUACCGUCGCCUCGACGAUACUCGAUAAUUUCACUACUGAAUCAUCGACGAUGGAGAAAGAAGAGGAAACCGAGUCGACGACGUCGUUUUUGAUCAACGUCACGGAACUGGACAACGCUGUCAGCGAGACUUUACCGCCGACGAGUCGACUGGAAACUCUGCCGACUACCGUUUCACUCUCGACAACGUCUCUGCCUUCGCAGGCGAACCGUAGAUCGGAGACGGAUAACAACACGUAUUACGUAGAUUCCAGAUACGUGAGGAAGAAGUUCGUACGAAGACGACCAGUUGUCGCGUCGGAGAACGCUAGCGAUCGGUAUCAAGCCGCUUCCAGCACGGAGAAGAGCGAGCCAGAGGGUCAAACGAAACGCAGAAAGGGUCUGUUCGUUCGUCGCAGACCGGUUCCGGUUUCAUCGACGACUAAAACCACGCGAUUCGUCGAAGAGGAGAGAGAUGAAGAGGAUACAAGUUCGGUGAUCAACCGAGCCGACGAUCAGACUCCUUACGCUAUUAAUCUGUCCACUAGAAGCGACUCGGAAGAUUUUUGGAAUCGUUAUACGACCAGAAACCUGCCUCCAUCGGCGGAAGGGAAUCCCGUAGGAUUUGAACGUGGUAUUCAGGAAGAAAGCGAAACUGACCAAACGGAACGAUCCACGUCUCCCGGUAAUCGCAUCUCCGAAUCUCGUCCUCGGUACCAAGUUCCGGAUUCUCUGAAGAGGAUGGCGAACGCGGACAGCUUCUACCCUCCCAGUGAUUCCACGACAGAGGAGGCCGAAGAGGAGGAUUCGAGGACGAGAUACCAGAACGUUCGUCAGCCCAGGACUCGUUACAAGUACCGGGAAAUAACGAGGACCCGAAACGGUGAAUCCAUAGUCGACGCAACACCUGCCAGCCUCGAUUCUUCCGCGCAAAUAAGGAACAGAUUCUACGUUAGACGACCAACGGUGUCCAACGCGGAAGCGACAACGACAACCGUCACGGAAACCCUGAUUCCAGCUAAGAAGUUCGACUACGCGGCUGACGCUCACAGGAGGCAACAGUCUCUGAGAAGCAGCGCUCGCAGUCAGAACGAAGAUUCGACGAUUCAGAGUAAAGAAGGGGUUGAAAUACAGAACUCGAUCGACGCGGAUUACGCGACGACGCCUUCCCUGAAACCGUUGGUGACCAGAUUAGUCACCUCCGUCGAGGAAUCGGCCACCACGGAGAGGCAGAAGAUUCUAAUCAAAACCAAAUACUCCUCGUUAACCUCCACCACCAAGAUUCCUCUCCAGAGUACAAUUACUAAAGUGGAGAACACUGGAACCACCACUGUGAUGCCCAGCGUUUCCGACAGAGCUAACGAUUCCUCCGGCGUAGUUAAGGAAGCAAAAGAGGAAUCGGCCAACGAGAUUCGCCAGGGUCAAGUGGAAAGAUCCACGUUACCGAUCGAAGGAGAAUUUCUUUCUCAAGCGAAUCGAUUCACCACCACAGAGUCCCACGAAUCGUCGACGAUCGAGAUCGAGUCUGUUUUCAGUAACUUGAUCGGCAGCAGGGACUCCAACGAGUGAUGCUGCUUCCUUCUUCCUCACCGCCAUCAUGGAUACGAUUAAUGUACAUAAAUCAUCAUCUCAUCAUCAUUAUCAUUAUCAUUAUCAUCAUUCAUCAUCAUCAUCACACGUCAUCAAAGGUCUAACAGAAAUUUGGAAUCAUCAAAGAUGAACAGAAGGAGAUCCAUCCCUAUACGGAGACGUCGUCCGUGAUCUUUGUCUUUGCUCUCCCUCUCUUCUCCUUCGGGACGGAACGAGACUAAGCGAGGAACGACGAGAUAACCGAAGAGAAAGAUUCCGGGAGAUCGUCACUAAGCGCGCUACCCUCUUCUGAUUUUCAGGUCGCCGGCUCGCCGUCUAAUAGACUACCAACCCUCAAGGAAUUGAUCGGAUAUCGGACGAACGAAUACACCAGCGAUCCCGUCUUUCUCAGUUUACUUCCCCUUAAGUUCAACAACGAGCAAGUUGUUCCCCACGAAAGGGACACGAAUUUCCUUCUCAACGAAGACGCUAGUUCUUUUUCCAAUGAGACAGAGUCCUCCGAGGGAGGACCUUGGACGUUGAGGAAAAUCGAUGGGAAAAAGGGGGAAGGUUUAAU